AUGCAUUAUAGUUCGGCGCCAGAGCGCUGCCAUUCUUCGUUCCUGAAUCUAUACCCUCCAAUGCUCCCUGGAAGUUUGGCGUCUCAGGGUAUAAGGAGUCAGUCGCCGACAUGGUCAAUGCUCUCGAGAUUUGCGGAGUGGACUGGAAUACAAUUGCAAAGAAAUAUUGCUUCAGAUUUGUCUCACUCGGCAAAGCGACUAUCAGCCGGCGAAUGUUGA